AUGGAGGAACAGCAGCUAAUUCCGGAGCCCGUAAUCCUCUUCCUCCCCCGGGAACGGGGAGCGUGCCAGUCACGAACCCACGGCGGGCCCCGGGGACGAGCCCCUGGCAGCUCCCCAGGCGGUGCCGCGGGCCACAGCGACUCCCAGACCAUGGGGGAUGUGCAGAAGGUAAGCGGCAAGGGACCUGGCGCCCCACAGGGCUCCCCCAGCACUCUCUGCCCCCAGGGGCUGCUCUCUGUCAUCCAGAAGCUGAAGGGAUCCCCGGAGCAGGAGCUCCGCAUUGUCCUGCUGGGGCUGGACAACGCGGGCAAGACGACGCUGCUGAAGCGCCUGGCGUCCGAGGAGGUCAGCACCAUCACCCCCACACAGGGAUUCAACAUCAAGAGCGUGCAGUCCCAUGGUUUGAAGCUGAAUGUUUGGGAUAUCGGGGGGCAGCGCUCCAUCCGCCCGUACUGGAAGAAGUACCUGGGCAGCACAGACCUGCUGAUUUAUGUCAUUGACAGUGCUGACCAGAAGCGUUUUGAGGAGACAGGGCAGGAGUUGGCAGAGCUCACAGAGGACGAGUCCCUCACAGGGGUCCCGCUGCUGGUGUUUGCCAACAAGCAGGACCUGGUGACUGCAGCACCUGCAGCUGAAAUCGCAGAGGGGCUGAGCCUGCACACCUACCGGGACCGGGAGUGGCAGAUCCAGGCAUGCUCAGCCCUGUCUGGGGAAGGGGUGCAGGAUGGGAUGAACUGGAUUUCCAGCCAGAUCAUGAACAGGAAGAAAUGAGAGCUGCAAAGUGCCAGACGGGACUGAGCUGCAGGUCCCUACGCUACGGCCAAUCCCCCUGGUCCCUCGGUUCCCCCCGAGCCUCAGCUGGGCCCUGAGCCUCAGACUGCCAUGCUCGGAUGAUUUUCCCCACCUAGUCUUCCACUAAUCAAUCGGCUUCCCCUCUCCCUGCCUCCUGGGCUUCCACGGGCUCCUCACACCCCUGACUCCCCUGCAGCCCCCAUGCUGUUGGAGGGAAGCACGUGUCCCACCAUGCCGAGGGCUUGCACAC